CUCAAAUCAACUCAAAUUAACUCUGGUGACCCUGUGACCCUAGAAUGAAAUCAUGUUUAACUUGAUUUAAAAAUGCUCACUCACUCUGCCACUACCAAGCUCACAGUGUUUUGAGUCCCUAGUCUGAUCGUCACUUCUUACUGAGUUACUUCAUUAAUCCUAAUGUUCUACCCCUGGUUGGAGUCUCGUCGCCCCGGUGGUCACCUUGCCGACACAUUGCCCCGGUGGCCACAUUGAUCUACAUGCUCAGCCAGUGUCUCAUUGGAUUGUUAUGGAUGGAGCCCGGAGACUGCCAUGCCUCCUUUGAGCCAAUUUUGUGUCAGUCAGCUGUAUGUUCUGGUCUUUAUCAGCAAUCGGGUCUGCACUGAACUCAGAGUUUAAGAUGACCCACUAGUUCCUCAGUAGCUUUCUGCUGUAGAAAGGACAUUAUUUACAUGCGUGUGAGUAUAUGAGCGUGUGGUUUCUAAGGAAAUUUCAUCAUGUUAAAUGAUUGUGAGAGUAUAAAUAUAUCGACUUUACACUGACUGUAAUACAAGUCUUUCUGACUAGCUGCUGAAUUUUUCUCAUAGCUGGAACCUUCAGAAACAUCAUGUCUAGUGAGCUGUUUGCACAGUGGUCUGAUUGGAAAGAUCCAGAUGAGCAUGAUAUCAUCAUCGCCAAUGAGGUCAAAAUUGCUGCAGAAGCGAUUGUCAGAAGCCAGUUCUUUACUUACAAACCUCUGGUGUACAAAGAAGGCACAAAUGUGGGGACCAAAUACAUAAUCAAGGUGUAUGUUGGAAAUAAUCAGAUUGUUAACCUGAUUGUAACGCCAUCCUUAAAGGUGUUUGCACCGCAGGGCAAAUGUCAUACAAAGGCAAUCUGCUUUACUUCUACCCGGAUUACAGUAAUCAGACCGCCGCUCAGAGACGAGAGAUGAAUUUAUGCAGGAAAAAGCUCACGCAGAUAGGGAUCUCCUCCUUUAUGAUCUACCCCUCCGUAGUAAAGGUAACACACCACGGAUCAACCGUACUCCUUCAAACGCCGUUGGAGGUGGAAGCGUAUCUCGCUCAACAACAGGCUCAGUUGAAGCGUUAAUGGAAGCCAGUCCGUGAUAUUGAAGGUAAAGUUGGCAAUACUGUCUAUGGGGCGGCUGUGUCAGGAAAGUUUUGGAUAAAUCGUGAUGCCGAGGUUAUUUCCGGGCUCGGGUGACCAACUGUUAUACUGGCCGCGUAUCCCAUAUGUGUUAAUUUCCAGGCGGAUAGGAGAGUUUGUUUUCACUCUCUGCUUACUGCCUUUUCAUUUUGUUCUCACUGUUGUUCAUUUACUGUUCCAGAUGCCAUGAUAUGUUUUCGUAAGUUCACAUGGUUUUGUUUUUCAUUUAAAAUGUAUAUAAUGCUGUUUUUGAUCUAUGGCUCUUAAAGUAAUCUCUUGGAACGUCAAUGGCCUAAAUGGUGCAAUCAAAAGGACAAAG